AUGGCGGACCGGGACCCGGCGCCUAUUCCUGCGGAGGUGCGGGCGAAACUGGCCGAGCUGGAGCUGGAGUUGUCCGAGGCUCAAGAGUUCUCCAAUCACCUUGUGCGUCACUGUCAUGGUAACCGUUGUUGUUGUCGUCGGUGCUUUCAGGGAACCUCAGGACCCGACCCCACCACUGUGUUUGUUGAUAUGAGAGCGCUACGACACGACAGAGUGAGAUUAGUAGAGAGAGGUUCACCACACAGUCUGCCUCUGAUGGAGUCUGGGAAGAUCCUGCCGGGGGUUCGGAUCAUCAUCGCCAACCCAGAGACCAAAGGACCAAUGGGAGAGUCGCAUCUAGGAGAGAUCUGGGUUCACAGCGGUCACAACGCCAGCGGCUACUUCACCGUCUACGGAGACGAGGCGCUGCAGUCGGACCACUUCAACUCUCGCCUCAGCUUCGGAGACACGCAGACCAUCUGGGCUCGGACCGGAUACCUGGGCUUCCUCCGCAGGACCGAACUCACCGACGCCAGCGGUGAGCGACAUGACGCCCUCUACGUGGUCGGAGCUCUGGAGGAAGCGAUGGAGUUGAGAGGGAUGCGUUAUCAUCCCAUCGACAUCGAGACCUCCGUCAUCAGGACACACAAGAGCAUCACGGAAUGCGCUGUGUUCACGUGGACCAACCUGCUGGUGGUCGUGGUGGAGCUGGACGGCUCGGAGCAAGAGGCGCUGGAUCUGGUUCCCUUGGUAACCAACGUUGUGCUGGAGGAGCACUACCUGAUCGUCGGCGUGGUCGUGGUCGUCGACAUCGGCGUCAUCCCCAUCAACUCCCGUGGCGAGAAGCAGCGGAUGCACCUGCGCGACGGCUUCCUGGCCGACCAGCUCGACCCCAUCUACGUGGCUUAUAACAUGUAG